AUUAAAUGUUGUAAAUUUAUUCAACUUUUCAACAUUAAUUAUGUAGCGAUGAAGUGUCGUUCUAAUCUUGCGUACCAGACAAUUUUUCGAGCGUGAUCCAAGUUUAUUAAAACAUUUUCGUCACUAUGGAAUUUUCGUGGGCACUUCAGCAUCAAUCUAACGAUCAAAAUGGACGAAAUCAUCCGAAUGAUCAUCAUGAAGACGCUAAUAUUAUUAAUCAAGUUUGCGCUCGUCGCGUGCUUAGCGUGACAGGUCGUGGUGAUUUCGUCGGCGGGAUAGACAACGAAGCCUUGGAUUUUUCGCAGUUAGAGGACUUUAUCAACAGUGACAGUGAACAGCCCGCGACAUAUUUCGCGGAUACCCUUGCCCACAAUGAAAAUGGAGGUGGAACGGUGUCCCACGGUGGCCGGAUCGAGGCACCCACGUCACAACCGGUUGCCCAACAGCAGCCGCCACCAUCGCGACUACCUUCGCCGCAGAUGACGCAGGCUCAUCCAGUUUCGAUAGCGUGCGCUUCCGGUACCACGACGGUACCCAACAACGUCGGCUACAAAGAUCCGCAGGCGUAUGUUCACCCACACGCGCUACCGGAAAGUCCACCGGAUAGCGGAAGUGAGCCACCGUAUUCACCGCCGGGACAUAAUGACACUCAACACGUACAUUCGCCACAUCAAAAGGCAGCUUUGAAAGAGAUACUUCUGCAUCAUCAAAACAAUCAGUACUCUUCUAAUUUGCUACCACCUUCUCCGAGAACGUUGCCUGCGACAACGGAUCCUCUGUUGUUAACGCCGGUCCUGACAUCUCAUCUCACGUCGGGAACGCCGAAUCUUUCAACGCAGCCUCAGAUAGGACCGCCUUUGGUACCGUUGCCGCAUGAACACAGUCCGGCUGGCAUUAACACGCUGUACUCCUCCCUGCAAUCGGCCCCAAAAAAGAGGAAACUCAGCCAAGAUGGCCUUAUCCACGUCAAACAGGAACCCGAACUGGGUACCGUGGAGCACAGUUGCAGCAGCAGUAGCGCAGUGCUAGACAGUGACGAAGUUGCUGACGGCACGUACAUCGACGCUAGUUAUCAGUGUAUUCGAUUUCAUCCUUUCCAGCAAACAUCUUGGCAUGUUCUUUGCGAUCAUAAUCUCAAAGAGUUACCGGUACCACAUUACAGAGUGGAUGCCGACAAAGGGUUUAAUUUUAGCAAUUCGGACGAUGCGUUUGUUUGUCAGAAGAAGAAUCAUUUUCAGGUAAAAGAUCGACGUCCGAUAAUUGUAAAGAUAAAACAAAGUAUAUUGCGG